GGCUUCUUUGGAUGGUGUAACGCUGAGACAGCUGCUUUGCGUCCAGCCGGGACGUGUCUGUCCGCUGAUCUACCUGGGCAAUCUUCUGAAGAAGAUGGGCAGUCGCUGUUGCUUUGACACCUCUCAAAUCGGACGAUUCAUGUCGCGGCAAUGAUAAACAUUGGUGCGAACAGACUGCCGAACCACAAAGUCCCACAUUAGGACUCUGAAGAUAUUCAAUCUUUCAGACACAGAUCCGGCAAUCUCGUAGACUUGCCCUCAAUGAUUUCAAUGCGUUUGUCGAAGUUCCGACAGUAUUCGCUUCCCAACGCUUUAUCUGAGGAUGAGCUGCCUCAUGUAGUUCUUGCCCCACCAUAUCGAUCCAGUGGUCCACUCGUCCCAGGCUAGCGAAUUGCCUGCGAAGCAAACUUAUCGACGAGAUGAACUCCCUGACCACUGCGAUUUACAAGUUUUUCCUAUGCUCAACAAUUUUUGUUUGGGAUAUCGUCCUCUCCUUUGGGAAUCUCGUGCGGUUCAAACGCCCGGUCGGUAAGGUCACUCCGGAAGGCCAUCCAGGUUAUGGUGGCUAUUGGCCAGAGUAUAGGCCGCCGAAGGAGGGCGACAGCCGCUGUUGCUGCCCUGGAUUGAACACUAUGGCCAACCAUGGAAUCAUUGCUCGGAGUGGCCGAGGGAUCAAGUUCACCGAUGUGAACGAAAAAAUCAACCUGACGUAUAACUUUGGACCGUCUUUCUGCUCUUACACAACCCAUUAUGCGGCCUUCAUGUUAAAAAGGAGCCACAGCAAGGAUACAUUCGAUCUCGAGGAGAUUGACCUGCAUAAUGGCAUCGAACACGAUGCGUCGCUGACUCGACUGGACACUGAGUUUCAACCAAAACAAGCGGAGAAACAUGUUCCGUACAUCGAAGAGUUACUUUCCUUUGCCACGGGCGAUAACGGGAGCUACUUGAAGAUCAAAGAUAUGUCAAGGAUCCUAAGCAAGCGUCGUGCAGAAUCCAAGGCGAACAAUCCAAACUAUUCACAGGCCUUUUCCCACAAGCUUUUUGGAAGUGCCAAUUCGGCUUCUAUGUUAAGGAUCUUCGGAGGUCGAACGGACGACUUGCGCACGAUCUUACUGGAAGAGCGCUUACCUGAGGGAUGGGAAUCGCGUGUUCGUGAACCGUAUGGUUUAACCAUGCUUGCCCUCAAUACCCGGACGACCCUACCGCUGGAGUGGGGCGUGGAUGAGUCCAAGUGGGCGGACAAGGUCAAGCAGGACAAUGAGCAAGUUUGAAAAGCUCCGCCGAGGAAUAGCCCUUCGAUGUCAUGAUAUCAUGCCUUACGAUUCCCCCGGCCUGCAGGCUGUAUUCAUUUACGUGGUUACGUCGCUUUCACGAUACUGUUAUGAUUGUAAAUCUCUUGUACAUUAGCUUUUGGUUUCCCUCUUGACUCGGGAUGGUUUGAGAUAUGCAUGUGGCUUGGACGAGACUAAAAUAUAUCAGUAGUGCGGUGGUAGGGGUCCUUCC